AUGACCGCUUCACCGGAUGUCGUCAAGAAAAUCGAAGAAGGUUACGCCAAGCUUCAAGCAGCUGCAGAUUGCAAAUCGCUCCUGAAAAAGCAUCUAAGCAAACCCGUCGUCGACAAGCUUAAAGUUUGUUUUGAGGUGGGCAGGGUUCAUCCUAAUUUUCAAUUUUUAUAAUAAAAAAACUCGUCUUGGUGCAACUCUGUUGGACGUCAUCCAAUCUGGUGUGGAAAACCUUGAUUCGGGUAGGAAAUGACUUAUGUAAGGAGGUGACAAAACUUAGGCGUUGGCUUGUAUGCUCCGGACGCAGAGUCGUACACCUUGUUUGCGGAUCUAUUCAACCCUGUUAUCGAAGAAUACCACAAUGGCUUCAAGGCUACGGAUACCCAACCACCCAUGGACCUUGGAGAGAAGAAUGUUAGCUGGAUUUUUUUUAAAAUAAAAAUCAAAUUUCGAUUUUUGUAGAUUGGAAACUUGCCUGACCUCGAUCCCGAAAACAAGUACAUUAUUUCAACGCGCGUUCGGUGUGGACGUUCUCUACAGGGCUAUCCUUUCAAUCCGUGUCUCACAGAGCCGAAUUACAAGGCGAUGGAAGCUCGCAUGAAAGCCAUUUUCAGCUCGAUCACUGACCCAGACCUGAAGGCUUGUUUGCUUUUGUUCGUUUCAAUACUUACCUUUGCAGGGAACAUAUUAUCCGCUCACUGGCAUGGACGAAGAAACGAAAAAGAAACUUGUUGCUGAUCACUUUUUGUUUAAAGAAGGCGAUCGCUUCCUUAAGGCUGCCAAUGCUAAUCGGUAUUUGAUGCUGCAGAAUGAAAUAGAAUUUUUCUUUCAAUUUCUAGGUUCUGGCCCACCGGUCGCGGUAUUUUCCACAACGAGAAAAAGACGUUUUUGGUUUGGGUGAAUGAGGAAGACCAUCUUCGUAUCAUUUCAAUGCAGCCUGGUGGCAACGUUGGCGAGGCAUGUUUGAAAAAAAAAAUGUCGUUUACGUUUUUAAAUUUUAAAGUCAUUCCGCGAAACUUGAAAACCGUCAAAUUAAGAAAAAAAACUAAAUUUUGAAGAGUCAGAGAGAAUUUUGAACUUUGCGAAAACCACUUCGAACGCUACAUUAAGAAACGCGUUUUUUUUCUUUUUCUGAAAGUUUGCUAAUCGUUACAAAAUGAUAUAUUUAGGUCCUGGGUCGUCUGAUCAAAGGAAUCAAUUUGAUUGCUGCCAAAACGCAGUUUGCGCGCCACCAACGUCUCGGCUGGCUCACUUUUUGCCCCACCAACUUGGGUACAAAAAUUUUUAUUGUUUUUACCAUAUUUUUUUGUAAUAGGAACCACCGUGCGCGCUUCGGCACACAUCAAAUUGCCAAAAGUCUCGGCCAAACCCGAAUUCCAGCAGAUUUGCAAUGAAAUGAAACUCCAGGUUGCCAGCCAUUUUUUGAAAAGAGGUCGACUUGGUGGAAAAAUGUCAUAAAUUUAAGAUUCGCGGUAUCCACGGUGAACACUCGGAGUCGGCUGACGGCAUUUACGAUAUUUCCAACAAGCAGCGCUUGGGGCUGACUGAGUAUGAAGCUGUUCGUCAGAUGUACGAGGGGCUCAAGAAACUUAUCGAGCUCGAAAAGGCUGCCGAAGCUGCGCCCGCUUAA